UUGAAAAUUUAUGGUUUUCGAUGGGCAAGACAUCAAAGGACAAACGUGAUAUUUUCUACCGCCUGGCCAAGGAGCAGGGAUGGCGGGCGAGAAGUGCCUUCAAGCUGCUGCAGGCCGAGGAAACCUUUCAUCUACUGGACGUGCAGGUGUCACACGUGCCGUGGACCUGUGCGCUGCUCCCGGCAGCUGGUCCCAGGUCCUCUCCAAGCACAUGUACGAGCCACGUUCGCCCGAAGAGCGUGAAAAGGUAAAAAUCAUUGCCGUCGAUCUGCAGGGGAUGGCUCCCAUCGACGGGGUCCAUCAGCUGCGGGCAGACAUCACAAAAGAGUCAACCGCCCAGGCCAUCAUCGAGUACUUUGAGGGCCAGAAAGCCCAACUGGUGGUCUCUGACGGUGCCCCCGACUCCACGGGAAUGCACGAUUUCGAUGUCUACAUGCAGGGAGAGCUCCUCCUCUCCGCUCUGAGCAUCUCCACGUUCAUCCUGGAAACGGGCGGCUCUUUGGUGGCGAAAAUCUAUCGAGCGGACAACACCAGCCGGCUGUAUUUACAGCUGCAGCGUUUCUUCAAGGACGUGUGUGUCUUUAAGCCCUCGGCAUCGCGAAACUCCAGCAUCGAAGCCUUUGUGGUGGCCCGCCAAUUCUGCCUGCCAGAAGGGCACACGCCCUGUAAUCUGACCACAGAAUGGCACAAACAUCCCGAAACAUGGCUGGUACGGACUACGGGGCGUGAGCCAAAGCCUGUUGUCCACGUUCCCUUUGUGGCGUACAAGGGGGAUCUGGAUGCGGAUCGCACAUAUGACUUGGAUGAAGACUAUGUCUAUACGGAAGCUGUUCAAAAGCCGUUGACUGCCGCCUAUCAGGAUGUGAAACAGAAAUUGGGCUCCACUAAUGUUAAAUAUGACCCCAUUAUCGUCAUACACGAUGAGGAACUAACGAAGGAAUGGAGGGAGGAACACAAGGAGCCUGCCGAUGAUUGACAUACGCUUUCAGGCCGUGAAAUCUUCAAUAAAUCAAAUAAUUUUAUAUCCAUUUAAAA